AAUGUCCCUUUUAAUACAAAAAGUAGCAAAGGAAAACUUAUGAUUGCAAUCUUACAGGAAUUUAAUUGCAAUUGUACUUUUAACCUUAAAUAGACCAUGGAGAACUUUUUAUCUCUGUUCUGUUGUCAUUAUUCUUUACUGAUUUUUUUUCAGUACAAAUACCAGGUGUAUGGAAACUAUUCCCAGCUACCCAAACACCCAGGAUUCAGAGUUCUUGCAUCAGCUUCCCAUUACUGGCCAUUGGAAGAUGUGGAUGGAAUUCACGAAUUUCGGGAUACAAAUGGAGCUCUAAGAAUCCACAACUUCACUGUGCUUCCUUCCCAUAAUUCUACCUUUGUAUAUACCAAUGACUCUGCCUACUCUAACUUCUCUGCAACUGUAGAUAUUGUAGAAGGAAUGGUGAACAAAGGAAUUUAUGUCACUGAAAAGAAAGGAGUGACUUUUCUCUUCUUUGGGAACUAUCAAAACUCCUGCAUUAGUAAUCCAGAAGUUUGUGGACCUGAGGGAGUAACGUUUUCCUUUUUCUGGAAAACUCAAGACAAGCAGGCUAAGUUUCUCCCUGCCUCUGGUGGACAAGUAAUUUCCAGUGGUUUCAAAAUCUGUUCAAAUGAAGGUGAAGGGUCAGUGGAAUUUUACACCCGUGGGAAUGCAAUGAUGAAGUGGAAAGCAAGCUUUAGUCCACCAGGUCCUUACUGGACUCAUAUUCUCUUCACAUGGAAAUCAAGAGAAGGACUGAAAGUCUAUGUCAAUGGAACACUAAACACAACUGAUCCAAGUGGGAAAGUUUUCUAUGACUAUGGAGACCCCAGUGCGAAUCUUCUGACUGGGACAGAGGGGGAUCAAAGCAAGCGCUAUGUGAAUGGGGCAUUUGAUGAAUUCAUCAUAUGGGAAAGGGCACUCACCCCCAGUGAAAUUGAGCAGUACUUUACAGCUGCUGUUGGUGUGCAAGUUCUGCUUUCUUCAACACUUCCAUGGUCUGUGAUGACAACCACUACAAAACCUAUGCUCUCUACAAAUGCCUAUCAUCCCAUCAUAACUAAUUUGACCGAGGAGAGAGGGAAUUUCCUCUCCCCUGACACGAUGCUGGGCUACUUGGAGAACGUGUCCUUCAGCUUGCCCAACAAAUCCUUGUCAGAAAAUACUGCUCUAAGUCUGACAGAGGCAUUUUUAAAAGCUAUUGAAGAAUUUCUGUUAUUUCCCAACUGGAUUGAUGUACCAGAGACUGCUCAUCUCUUUGGAAGUUUAGUUCAAACUGUUGACAGUGUGAUGGCUCAUAUGGCACAAAACCUGGAUGAAAGCUCAUUACCUUUAACUCUUGAUGGAGUAUCAUCUGUGGCAGAUUACACCUUGGUCAAAACGCAUCCUCAGACUCUGAAUUUGUCUCACUAUCGAUUUCCACCUCGAGGACAGAGUUAUAUUUCCAUUCCCAGCGAAGCUUUUCAUGGAAAAGAUUGGAUUACCAUUGUGGGCCUGCUUUACCAUAACAUGCAUUAUUUCUUUCAUAACAUCAACCCUAUGGAUACCAAGAUUGCUGAAGCUGCUGCCUACAAAGGUUACAUGAUCUCAGCAACCAGUUAUCUUAUCUCUAUCAAAGUGGAACCUCUGCCCCGGUUGUCCCACAAUCUGUCAGGAUCUCCUCUUAUUACUAUUCAGCUCACCCACAAAUUGACUCCCAGGCAAUACAGCCAGGCACUAAAUAAGAGUAACAGAGUUCACCUUUACUGUGCUUUUUUGGACUAUAGCAACGGAACUGGAGUUUGGUCUAAUGAGGGUUGUGUGCGUGAGAGUGGGGACCUCAACUACUCAGUGUGCCUUUGUAACCACCUCACCAACUUCGCCAUCCUGAUGCAAGUGGUGCCUCUGAAGCUAACGAGAGAACACCAGGUGGCCCUCUCCUCCAUCACUUACAUUGGCUGUGCUCUGUCCAUCUUCUGCCUGACGAUCACGCUGGUCACAUUCGCUAUCUUGUCGUCUGUCAGUACUAUUCGUAACCAGCGCUAUCAUAUCCACGCCAAUCUCUCCUUUGCUGUCUUGGUGGCUCAGAUCCUGCUUCUCACCAGCUUUCACUUCAGCCCUGGAUCGAUGCCUUGCAAGAUCUUGGCCAUUCUUCUUCAUUUUUUCUUCCUGAGUGCUUUUGCUUGGAUGCUGGUGGAAGGAUUUCAUCUGUACAGUAUGGUGAUCAAAGUAUUUGGGUCAGAAGAGAGCAAGCACUUAUAUUAUUAUGGAAUUGGAUGGGGCUGUCCCCUGGUGAUUUGUGUAAUUUCUGCAACAGCCUCUCUAGACAGCUAUGGAGAAAGUGGCAACUGCUGGCUUUCACUAGAGAACGGAGCGAUCUGGGCUUUUGUGGCACCGGCGCUGUUUGUAAUCCUGGUCAAUAUUGGUAUUCUCAUUGCUGUCACGAGAGUUAUCUCCAGAAUCAGUGCAGAUAACUAUAAGGUACAUGGAGAUGCCAAUGCCUUCAAACUAACAGCUAAAGCUGUUGCUGUUCUCUUACCAAUCUUGGGAAGCUCGUGGAUCUUCGGGGUUUUGGCUGUCAAUGCUCAUGCAUUAGUUUUUCAGUAUAUAUUUGCUGUUUUCAAUUCACUACAGGGAUUUUUCAUGUUCCUGUUUCACUGUCUUCUGAAUUCAGAGGUCAGAGCCGCCUUUAAGCACAAAACCAAGGUCUGGUCCCUUACCAGUAGUUCAACUCGAAACAUCAAUGUGAAACCCUUCAAUUCAGACAUUAUGACUGGGAACAGGCCAGGCACGACCCCCACAAAGCUGAACACCUGGGAUAAAAGCACAAAUUCAGCCAACCGCAUUGAUUUAUCAGCAGUCUGA